AUGGAGGCUGGCUCUGUGGUACGAGCAGUCUUUGAUUUCUGUCCCAGCGUCUCUGAAGAGCUGCCCCUCUUCGUGGGAGAUGUCAUCGAGGUGCUGGCCGUGGUGGACGAGUUCUGGCUCCUUGGCAAGAAGGAAAAUGUCACAGGGCAGUUUCCUAGCAGCUUUGUGGAACCUGUGGAUAUUCCCCGUUUGAAGCAGGGAGAGAAACUCUUUGUUUGUACCAGUGACUUCACAUCUCAAGAGCCAGGGAGCUUGUCAUUGCAGAGAGGAGACCUGGUGAUCCUGGGAGGGUCCGUGGCCUCCAGCUGGCUCCAGGGCCGAAGCAGCUGGGGUUCCAAGGGCUUCUUCCCCUCGUCAUGUGUGCGGGAGCUGUGCCUUUCAUUUUGGAGCUGUCAGCUGUCCCAGAGUGCUCUCCUGGAGGUGCCUGCCUACUCACUGGGUCAAGCCCGGGCCCUGAUGGACCUGUCUGCUCAGCUGGAGGAGGAGCUGGACUUCAGGGAAGGGGAUGUGAUCAACAUUGUUGGUGUCCCAGAGCCUGGAUGGUUCGAGGGCGAGCUCAGAGGCCACAGGGGCAUCUUCCCAGAGGGUUUUGUAGAACUGCUUACUCCUCUGCGAGCACCAGGAACCUCAGUGGACCCAGAGCCCACAGGGACUUGUGACACCAAUGGGACAGUGGAGAUGCCCCACAAGGAGGAGGAGGAGCCAGGCAGCACUUACGGUGUUGCCCUCUAUCAGUUCCAAGCCCUGGAGUCCAAGGAACUGGAUUUUGAUGUGGGUGACAGGAUUCGGAUUGUAGGCAUUCUGGAGGAUGGAUGGCUGGAGGGGGAGCUGAGGGGGAAACGCGGCAUCUUUCCACACAGAUUUGUGAGGCUGGAAGCCUCUGAGGCUUGCAGAGAAAAGGCGGAUGGUGGGGAUCCCCAAGGUGGAGGGAGGCCAGAGGGUCCUCUUGACACUGACUUGAGACAGCAUCAGGCCCUUCCCAGCACAGGACACCAAGGGCCACAUCCCGAAGGCACAGCAGACUCCCUCCCCUUUGACUGCACAAAGACGGUCAAUGGCCUUCUCCCCGCUGCUCAGCUGCCUCCGCAGCAGGGCAACAGGCCUGGCCAAGCAGGUGAGUUAGAGCCUGGGGGGACCGUUUCAGCCUCCCCAGAAAACUCAGAAAUUCACACCCUGCCUGAGCAUGAUGGAGACAGUCCCAGGGUGAGCCCACAGGCUCCCUGCUCCCCCCGAGAUCCUUGCAGGAGCCAGGCGAUUUCUUCCUCUAACAGCUGGGCAGCAGCCGAGCCCCAGGAGAGUGGGAGCAGUGCGGAGGACCUGGACAACUGGGUGGAUGGUCAACAGGAGAAAUCCAAACCUUGUUCCUCCAGCCUGGGAGGUGCCCAGGUGGGCCUGGACACAUGGGCUGGGAGCUGGGGGGAAUGCUGCCCGCUCGCAGCACAGGGGGACGGCUGCACGGACCUCGACUCCAAACUGACAGAGCAGCUGGCACAGUUUGAGAAGAGUCUGACAGCUACCGGCGCCGAGCAGGACAAGGUCUCCCGACACUUCUCCAUAUUGGACUACAGCUCUGAGAAGGACAUUGUCCGUGGGUCUCCUGAGUGUGCCCCCCACGCCAGACAGCCAGAGAGGAGGAAGGCCCUGAGGCCACCCCCUCCUCGCCCCAGCAGCCUUGCGACAACUGCUGUGCACACGCCGGGUGCCCAGGUGCCCAAAGGCAGGUCUCUGUCCUUCUCAGUCAAGCCCUCCAGGCCUGCACCCCGACCUCCAUCAAGCAACCAGCGGAAAAACAUGGCCCCUGCGCAGCUGCAGCCCAGCGCCCAGAAGCAGCGGGCAGAGGAGGGACGGGAGGACUUGACGCGGGCAGGAUCAGCUUCCCCCUGCUCCAUUCUGCUGACGAGGAUUGGAGAGGUGGAGCAAGACCUGGAGGCUUACGGCAAGACCCGCACUGAGCUGAGCCUGAUGCUGGAGCAGCAGCAGGAUGAGCUGGUGAGAGUGGAGACCCUGGAAAACCUUGAUUUCUGUGACUCCAACAUCGAGACCCUCAGCGUGGAGCUGCAGGAACUGAGAGAGAUGACUCUCCUGUCCUCUCAGACACCGUCCCUGGAGACGUCCUCAGCUGCCACUGAGAGCCCGGAGCAAAGGAUGCUGGAGAAGCGGUCCAAGGUUGUUGAGGAACUGCUCCAGACAGAGCGGGACUACAUCAGAGACUUGGACAUGUGUGUGGAGAGGAUCAUGGUGCCCCUGCAGCAGGCACAGAUGCAGAACAUAGACUUUGAGGGUCUUUUUGGAAACAUCCACAUGGUCAUUAGCUUCUCCAAGCAGCUGCUGUCCACCUUGGAGGCUUCAGAUGUGAUCGGACCAGUGUUCCUGGCACAGCGUGCAGAGCUGGAGAGCAUCUACAGAGUGUAUUGCCAGAACCAUGAUGAGGCCAUUGCGCUGCUGGAAACCUAUGAGAAGGAUGAGAAGAUGCAGAAACUACUUCUGGACCUGUUGGAUAGCCUCAGGAGCCUGUACAGUGAGUGGGGCUGCACGAACUACAUUAACCUGGGCUCCUUCCUCAUCAAGCCAGUGCAAAGAGUGAUGCGGUACCCACUGCUGCUGAUGGAGCUGCUGAAUGCCACCCCCGAGGCUCACCCUGACAAGGCACCGCUCACAGCUGCUGUCCUUGCAGUCAAAGAAAUCAACGUCAACAUCAACGAAUACAAGCGCCGGAAGGACCUGGUGCUAAAGUACCGGAAAAGCGAUGAGGAUAGCCUCAUGGAGAAGAUCUCCAAGCUCAACUUCCACUCUAUCAUUAAGAAAUCCAACCGUGUGAGCAGCCACCUCAAGCAUCUCACAGGCUUUGCACCCCAGCUGAAGGAUGAAGCCUUUGAAGAGACAGAGAAAAUUUUCCGGAUGCAGGAGCGGCUGAUCAAGUCCUUCAUCCGGGACCUUUCCCUCUACCUGCAGCAUGUUCGGGAGUCGGCUUGCAUGAAGGCGCUGGCAGCAGUGAGCAUGUGGGACCUGUGCACGGAGAAGGGCAGUGGGGACCUGGACCAGUUCCAGAAAGUGAAUCGGCUCAUCAGCGACCAGCUCUUCUCCAGCUUCAAAGAGCGGACGGAGCGGCUGGUGAGCUCACCCUUGAACCAGCUGCUGAGCAUGUUUGCGGGACCACACAAGCUGGUGCAGAAACGCUUCGACAAGCUCCUCGACUUCCACAACUGCACGGAGCGAGCGGAGAAGCUGAAGGACAAGCGAACGCUGGAGGAGCUGCAGUCAGCCCGCAACAACUACGAGGCCCUCAAUGCCCAGCUGCUGGACGAGCUGCCCCAGUUCCUGCGCUUUGCCAAGGAACUGUUUGCCAGCUGCGUGCGGGGCUACGCUGAGGCGCACUGCGACUUUGUGCGUCUGGCCCUGGAGGAGCUGAGACCCCUGCUGUCGUUGCUGAAGGUGUCUGGCAGGGAGGGGAACCUCAUUGCCAUCUUCCAGGAUGAGCAUAGUCGAGUCCUCCAGCAGCUCCAGGCCUUCACCUUCUUCCCAGAGUCCCAGGCAGCUCCCAAGAAGCCUUUUGAAAGGAAGAGUGUGGAGCGGCAGUCUGCCCGACGGCAGCCCCUCCCUAGCUACCUCCUGCAGUCAGAUGACAUCCGAGCUGCCCUCCUGGCCCGCUAUCCCCCAGCCAGUCUCUUCCAAGCAGACCGCAACUUCAAUGCUGCCCAGGACCUGGAUGUCUCACUGCUGGAAGGAGACAUCGUGGGUGUUAUCAAGAAGAAGGACCCCAUGGGCAGCCAGAAUCGCUGGCUCAUAGACAAUGGAAUGACAAAGGGCUUUGUGUACAGCUCCUUCUUGAAGCCGUACAACCCACGCUGCAGCCAGUCGGACGUCUCAGUGGGCAGCCACUCUUCCAACGAGUCAGAGCACAGCAGCUCCUCUCCCCAGAGCAACACCACACUGACCUUCAGCCCCAGCGGGGCGGCCGUCACCUUCACUCAGAAACCCCUGCAGGACUCGGCCUCCCUAGCAGACCCGUACCGGUCCCCACAGCCCCCCUCGGAGACGGACUCCCCCUCUGUGCCCCAGCUCAGUUCUGGUGACAGGACAGCUGCCCUGGAGGCUGCUACAGUGACGUCUCUGCGCUGCUACAGCCGCCCCGAGCUGGGCUGCAGCCCCAGCUCUCGCAGUGGGCACCCUGGCAAAGCACAUCUCAGGCCCACACCCUCAGUGGAGGACAGAGACUCUGGGCUGGAGAGCAGCGAGUCGGAGGGCAACCAGGUCUAUUAUGCUCUCUACACCUUCAAAGGCCGGAACACCAACGAGCUGAGCGUGUCAGCUAACCAGAGACUGAGGAUCCUGCAGUUUGAGGACAUCACAGGCAAUCGGGAGUGGUGGCUGGCGGAGGCGCACGGGAAGCAGGGCUACGUGCCCUCCAGUUACAUCCGGAAGACGGAGUACACGUGA